AUGCGUUUAUUUUCAGCAGCCUCAACAAUAUUAUUCCUUCUUGUUUGGUCUUUACUAGUUGUCUCUUUUGCAACUGGAUGGUACCAUGUUGACACUAAAAAUAGAGAUGGAGAUAUGGUUAGAAUGUUUUCAUUUUACCCAACCAAAGUAAAGAUUUCGAAUUAUGGUAUAGAGGAUGGAAAUGUUAGUUACAAAGAUUUUCAAGGAAUUCUCUCUGCAUCCAAUGGAUUAGAAAUCAACUUUUCUUUCAAACCAUUCAUUAACGCUAGUUUUGCAAUGGCAAUUAUCGCCUGGAUUGUCUGCACUGUUCAAAUAGGCCUCCAAAUUAUGGAUACUUUGGGUAAAAAUUUCGUUCCAAUAGUUGGUAGAUUCCUUGGUUUUGUUGUUUUUGCUCUCACUCUUAUUUCAUUCAUUGUUUAUGUAAGAUUCAAACCAAUUCUUAAUGAAGAUUGUAAAAAGGUUUAUAGUAAUUGUAAUGUUGCAAACUAUGGUGUCUAUUCUGAAUCUUUCAUUGGUAAGAAUGAUUCUUCAAGAUGGGGAAGUGGUAUUGGAUGGAAUUCUGUAUUGGCUAGUUGUAUUUUCGCAUUAUUCACAUCAAUCUAUAACGUUUUCUUUUUCAAUAAAUCAACCGCUUAA